AUGAAUUCUGAUACCAGUAACAGUCAGUCUUAUAUGACAUCAACUGGUAUGAUGGGAGACUCCAAUUCUCCUCAACUACCUGGUGGAGCUUAUGGACCCCCGACAGGAAUUCCAAGCUAUGUUCAUGAAAAUUACGAGAAUUCAAGAUCUCCAGCUGCUCAGAUCAAUGAGAAUUAUACUUAUGAUUAUAAUGGUGUGUCUCAGGUCAAAUCUGAAAGUUAUAGACCUCAUAUUAACAAUGAUACUUAUAAUUAUAGUGAACAACCCCCUCAAAGUGUUCAUCCUUAUGAAGGUAGUGAAAGUCAACCUGUUCCAUCCCAGAACUAUGUCUCUCAAACCCCUCAAGAAGCUCCCAUAAAGACAGAACCUUAUAGUGAAAAUCAGGUUAAGAGUGAAGUGUUUGCUUCAAAUGAUUUUCCUGUGAAAAAGGAGCCUUAUUGGCCAAAUAAUUCAGGACAGGCACCUCAUAACGAUGUUUAUAACUAUGGAUCUCCUCAACCAUAUAGGGCCAAUGUUUCGCAAGAAUACCCUUUAACAAUGCCUCAAGAUUACUUAAGAUCUGCUGCUACAGGGAACAAUAUGGUUGGUGCCACAAACGAAUCUUCAUACGAGAAUUUGACUAAUGUCAAGAGUGAAAUGGAUCUUCCAUCUAACCAAAUACAGACCACAAUGUCUCUACCAAGUCAUAUGUAUCCACAAGCAUCAUCAUCUCCACAUAACAAGCUUUACGAGCAAAGCAUGGCUUUACCUAACCCUGGAUAUCGGUCGCCAGUAUCUCCAUCAAAUCCAAUGUAUAAUCCACAAUCUAUGUCUUCUCAAAAUCACAUGUACAACCAGGCGUUAAUGUCUUCACAUCACUCGAGUCCAUAUCAGUCAUCCAUGUCUUCACCUUACCCUCCACCAUCCACAUCAUCUCACCUAUAUCAACCACAUGCUGGUCCAAUGUAUGAUCUCCCCAACAUGUCUUCUAAUGGCCAUAUGUAUCAAAAUACAUUACCAGCACCCAAUAAUAACUAUUCACCAUAUCAACAAUAUCAGAUGUCAUCUUAUAGUAAUUCCAAUCCUUACCAUCAUCAACAACCUAGUUCCUCAUCCUACUCUCCUUAUGUACCUCAAAAUCCUUGGAAUAACUUUAACACCAGUUUCCCACCAGGAGCUGAUA